AUGGCUGGUGAACACAUUAAAGUUAUAUAUUUUAACGGACGUGGACGUGCUGAAUCGAUUCGGAUGACUCUUGUGGCAGCCGGUGUAGACUUCGAAGAUGAAAGAAUCAGUUUCCAAGAUUGGCCGAAACUGAAACCAACCAUUCCUGGAGGAAAAUUGCCUGUAGUGAAGAUCACCGAUAAUGCUGGGCACGUAAAGUGUAUGCAAGAGAGUUUGGCUAUUGCACGCUAUAUGGCAAAGAAGCAUCACAUGAUGGGUGAAACAGACGAUGAAUAUUAUAGUGUUGAGAAAUUGAUUGGUCAAGCUGAGGAUUUAGAAGGUGAAUAUCACAAAACUUUAAUGAAGCCACAAGAAGAGAAAGAGAAGAUAAUCAAAGAGAUACUGAGCGGCAAAGUUCCAGUAUUACUCAAUUUAAUCUGCGAAUCUCUAAAAGAAUCUAAAGGGAAGCUGGCUGUUGGAGAUAAAGUGACUCUAGCUGAUUUGGUUCUGAUUGCUGCGAUUGACCAUCUGACUGAUUUGGAUAAAGAAUUUUUGACUGGAAAAUAUCCUGAGAUACAUAAACAUCGAGAACAUUUGUUAGCGAGUUCACCGAAAUUGGCGAAGUAUUUAUCGAACAGACCUGCAACUGAAUUUUAA